GCAGAUCUCAUCAAUCGCGUCGCGUCGCGCGCGCCGUCGCCACCAACCAACCCAAUUCCUCGCUCGCUCGCUCGCUCGCUCGCUUCCUCUCCUCCCCCGUCCCCAUCUCCAUCAGCCAUUGCCCAUUCCCCCCUCCUCUUCUUGCCCUUCCUUCCCUGCGAAUGGAGCCGCCUCUGCCGCUCCGGAUUCUCCUGCCGCUGGCUUCUCUUUCCUGCCUGCUGCUGCUGCUCGCCCGCGGUAGUGCAGCGAUUGGAGUUCUCGAAGGAAUCGGUGCCGACCACUGCCAUCAUCUUGGAAACCUCAUAAAUGGGCAUGCUAGAAGAUUACUGCAGAUUGGUGAUGGAUACAAGUAUGCUGCAUUUCUCCAAUCGCAUAGACGGUCUCAUCAUAUUCACACAAAGCACAAGCAGCCUAGAAGAAGCUCGCAAAAACCAACACCAAUGCCUGCUCUGUCACCCUCACCGCUCAGUGCUCCACCUAAAGCCUCGCCAUCACCAUCUGCUUCUGCACCUGCAAUAUCUCCUUCAGGAUUUCAUCCAUUGGCAGCCCCUCCACAUCCACUUAGCCCUUUGCCUUCCACCCCUCCAGCUCACUCGCCGCAUAAGCAUUCUUGGAGAAACUACAGUUUGGUAACUGCAGGGAGCGCGGUUUUUCUUGUCAUGGCAGCAGCUUCUGUUAUUUAUUACCGAGCUAAGAAAGUGGGCACUGUAAGGCCGUGGGCUACAGGAUUAAGUGGGCAACUGCAACGAGCAUUUGUAACAGGUGUGCCUGCAUUGAAACGAUCUGAGCUACAAGCAGCCUGUGAGGACUUCAGCAAUAUUGUUGGUUCUACGCCUAGCUGCAUGCUGUAUAAGGGAACGUUAUCGAGUGGAGUUGAAAUAGCAGUUGUGUUGAGCUCAAUAACAUCCAUCAAGGAAUGGUCAAAAGAGUGUGAAUCCCACUACAGGAAGAAGAUUACAAGUCUAUCAAAAGUUAGCCACAAGAAUUUCAUGAAUCUGCUUGGGUACUGUGAGGAAGAUCAUCCCUUUACCAGAGCAAUGGUCUUUGAAUACGCUCCAAAUGGAACACUUUUUGAGCAUCUGCAUGUCAGAGACGCUGAGUGCCUGGAGUGGACGGCGCGGCUUAGGAUAUCGAUGGGGAUAGCGUACUGUCUAGAGCACAUGCACCAGCUGAACCCAGCUGUUGUUCCAAGGAACUUUGACUCGAGUACGGUAUACCUGACUGAUGAUUUUGCUGCAAAGGUCUCGGACCUUGAUUUCUGGAGUGACGCCAAGGGAUGGAAUCCUAGUUCAGGCACUGAUGACCCCACACUCUCGGACAUAGAUGGGAUGGUGCAUAAGUACGGUAUAAUAUUGCUGGAGAUAUUAACGGGGAAAGCUCCCUACUGUGAGGAAGAAGGGUCAGUGGAGCAGUGGGCCAGUGGCUACUUGGAUGGCAAUAUGUCUGCUGCAGAGGUGAUUGACUCAAGCCUGGGGUGGUUCCCCGAAGAAGCUGCGCGUGCAUUGUGCGAGGUUGCGAGGUGGUGCAUGGAGCCAGAUCCGAAGAAGAGACCACAGAUGGCACAAGUGGGUGCCCGGAUGAAGGAGAUCACGGCUUUGGGGCCUGAGGGGGCGACUCCGAAUCCGAAGGUGUCUCCGCUGUGGUGGGCGGAGCUGGAGAUCAUGUCUUCCGAAGGCAGCUGAGGCCUGCCUGGUGGGAUUGGGAUGGUUGUUGGUUUGUUCAGCGGUUGCUUUUUUUUUCCUUUUCUUUUUGAUUUGCAAGGGAGGUAUUAUAUCAUUAGCAAAACUGUUGCGACGGUAAAGAAGGGAAAGAUUCCUUAUUGGUUUGAUUGAUUGGCGGAACAUGAAUGUGAUUUGGGUUGGUUUUGAAUGAAGGCAACAAAGGAUAGGUUUUGUGGCU